AUGUCUAUAUACAACACAAGAGAUACAAUUAUUUGAUCACAAUUUCAAAAUGUUCACUUACCUUAAUUUUGCUUUGGCUGUUGUGUGCAUCGCAUUGUUUUGGUUGUUAAUAAAAAUUAGAAAGAUAUAUUCAAAGCUAUAUAAAAAGAAUACAAGAAUACCAGAUGUUAAUAUUUUGAAAAAAAUCAUCCCACCGUCAGGUGAAAUUGGUUGGGACAUUUUUACAGUUUGCAAUGGUGUUCCAAUUUGGCGGUAUAAAGGAACGUUUACCUUUGCUCCUUACAGCAUUGUUGCUUGUCGAGCUCUUUUGCAAGAAAAAUCAUCAAGCGUUCUGCAAGAAUUAAUUAACAUAAAGACUUUUUCUGCUUUAUUUCCUGAGUAUCCAGCGUUAGAAAUUGAAGAAAGUAGUACUACUGGGAAUCGAGAUGUUGUUUCGUUAUCGAAUGUAAACACAAGUUUAAGUUUGACAAGUAUUGUAACUUGUCAUUUGUCUCAUAUUAGUUUCAACUUAGAACGAUUUUGGUUUAAUGGGCCAACAAUGUCUUGGUUGUAUCUGUGUCCCACAAGUAUGUUAUUAUCAGAGCAGUAUGGUUAUUGGAUUAUCUUUGUUUUACAAGACUUGAAUGAUGGCAAUGGUUCAAUGUUGUAUAUUCUUGGUUCAUUUCCAUCAUCUGUUCAUUUUGCAAGAAUUUCUCACAUGCUUUCAUCCUGUCUUGUACUAACAAGGGAACACAUGGAUUCACUGUACUUAAGUAAGUUAUUACCGAAGAAAAAGAAGCAUGAUGGAAAGGAGAGUAAGCAAAAAAAGGAAAUAAAAUCACGAACACCAUCACCAAAACCAAUAAAAGCAAGUGUAAAUCAGGCUUCCCCAGUUAUCAAACCAAAGCCUAAGAAUGCAUCCAUAUUACGGAAUGAAGCUGUUGGUUAUAUUGAAGAGCCUGCUGUGAUUAAGAGGAUUGCCAGUACAGAAUGUAUACCAAGCAAAUCAACAGUAGAGGCAAAUUCAACGCCUUCUAAUGCUGUUGGUGAAGAAGCUCUUAUUUCAAAAACUCUACCAAUAAAAGAUGAUUUGCCUAACAAUGAAGAAGCUGCUGUACCUAAUGACGAAGUCAAUAAAAAACUAUUAAAGUAUAAAGAUGUGUUAGACGAAGGUUAUGGCAUGCUUAUAUCAGCUCACGAAGCUGAUGAAAACACUCCUGGAUGGGCUUAUGUGGGAUUGAAAGAUGAUGUGCAAAUCUAUCGCAAGGAUCCCGAUGAGCUGUCUGCAUCGAGUUGCUACAAAGGAACAACAGAAAUAAAAGUUCCAUUAGAAUAUUUAUUCAACUACAUACUAGAUCUUGAGUUUAAGAAGGAAUACGAUAACCUGUUUGAUCAAGGAGAGGAUGUUGAACUUAUUGGAGAUGGACUGACAAAAAUAGUCCAUUUGCAAUAUCAAAAUGUGUGGCCCACAACUGGACGUGACUUCUGCUCCAUAUCAGCUUUUCGUCACAUAAAAGAUAACUUAUAUGGCAUCAUGGUGAAAGCUGUGACUCAUGCAGAGUGUCCACCUAUAAAAAAUAAAGUGAGAGGUGAAGUUCUCAUAGGCGGUUUCAUGGUUGAAGUCAUAUCAUCUGAUCCACCUAGAAAUAGACUGACCUAUGUUACGAGAGCUGACCUACAUGGUUCCAUUCCACAGAGGAUAAUAAAUCGUGUUAGUGCUGAGCAACCUCUCUUUGCUGCAAGCAUAAGAAAACAUGUUGAACGAAGAUAUGAAAUACAAGACCCUGAAGAAAGUAAAUCUAAUUGGUUAGAAAAAUUACAUAGUGCUCCAAGUAUUAUUGAAAAAAUUGCAGUGCCCAUGGUGAACACUGCCACGGCUAUUUUCAAGGAUGAAAACAACUCAGAAACAGAUGGCAGUCCUGAACUACCUGUUAAAAAUCAACUUGAAAAAGAUGGCGACAAUGACAUAUUAUUAAAAGAAGAGAAAAGUGAAAAUGCAACAGAUGUUUCUGAUACUCAAACUGACCCUAAUGAAAUAAACACAACAGAUAUAGGUGAAGACGAUUCGCAUGUCCUUACAUCUAGUGGAUUUAACAUAAAAGAAAAUUAUUACUCGCCAGUAAAUGAAGAGUUGGUGCUGCCACCUCGUAUAACUGAUGAAGACAGUUUAAUAAAUGAUACUGAAAGUAUUGGUGAUCUGUCACAGGUAGAGUUUACUGAAGAUCUACAACCGCAGAUAUCAGUUUCUGAGCAAGAACUUGAUCUUCCAAGAGAUGAAACUGGACAAAUUGAUUUCGUUACCCUGGGUAAUCAAACAGCUGCAUCCCUGGAAGAAGAGUUUUUAGCCACCAGAUACAUUCAACCAUCCACCGUGGUUGACAUCACCAACUCACCAAACGAUACCUGGGUUUAUCAAGGAACAACUAAAGAUGUUUUGAUUAUGCGCAAGAUACAUUCUAACCAGAAAUAUCACAGUUUUCUUGGUCGAGGUAUCAUCAACGUUCUUCCUGUCACGGUAUGGGAGGCCAUUCGAAAUCCUACAACUCGAUUUAUUUAUGAUAACAUGCUAAAGCGCAAUACUGUUAUUAAAGAAAUCAGUGAAAGACAUAGAAUAGUGCAUAUGCGACAUGAAACACACGCUUGCUUUGUAAAACAGGCGAGAGAUUUUUGCGUGCUAACCGUGGAGCGUGUCGAGCAACAACGUUAUGUUUUGGGUGCUGUAUCAGUUGACAUUCCUGAAUGUCCACCUGUCAGAGACUGUGUGCGUGGAAAGGUUAUCUCCAGCGGUUGGAUAGUUGAACCAAUUUAUUUGAAUGGAAAAUCAUGCUCACGAGUGACAUAUAUUUCACAGGUCGAUUUUGGUGGUCGACUACCUGCACGACUGAUCAAUUUUAUCGCCAAACGUCAGCCGCUAGCUUUGUCUUACUUACGCGAUUAUUUAGAAUCUGCUGAAAUGUAAAAAAUAUACUAUCCUCAACCAACUGAAUGGUAUUAUCCAUUCACAUUUUUCCUUCAAUAUUCUGUCAAAUCUUAGUACGUAGCGCAAUGCAUGAUGGAUGAAAUUUAUUAUUGUAUCUCUUAGAAAAUAAUUUUAUAUAAAUUAAUUUAUAAAACUUGUUUAUAUAUUUUAAAUCGUUUUUUUUUCAAUGAUUUAUUCGGACAAAAUGCUGGAAGACUGUUAGAAAGAGACUAUAAAUGUGUAUGACUGAGUAAUUUUUUACGAAUACAGGACCGUAGUCAUGAUUUGCUUAUUGAUUUUUGUUGUUGUUGUUGUUGUUUUUCGAGAGAUCCAACAAAAGAAAGAUAACAAAAUAAAAUUGUAAUAUAUAUAGAAACAGAUUACUAAAGCAUAUAAAUGAAUAGGCUUCUUCAGCUUUUGGUUUAAAAUACUCUACUAAUAUCGUGACUGCGGUGCUGGUAUAGCUUUUCACUUUCCAAGAAGAAUUUAUAGUGUUUUAUAAAACGAAAUUUUAUCUUAAAAUUAUGAAAUUAACCUAG